CAAUGUCCUUUUGUAUGUCUUUCAUUUCUGUGUGUAAUUAUAUGGAUAUUUGCACCCAUUGACCGUCAUAUAAAUCUAUCUAUCCCCAGGUAGCCAAAGUGACCUGACCCAGCAUCAGCCCGAACUUGGCAAGCAGAAAUAGAUGGGGCUGCAUCCAGUUGCCCAACUUGUCUGAGACGUGGAUGAAUGACGCCCCAGAAUCGGGCUGAAUAACCUGCUUGUUUCUGGCUGCCUACGCUGCCAUUACUGAGCCAUUAUCAAAAACGAUCUGGCCCAGCAUCGGCCCAAAUUAUACGCCAGAAGAAAUAAGUCGGGCAACCGGAUGUGGCCCGACUCACCUGAGACUCAGGAUAAAUGUGGCCCCAGAAUCAGGGUAAAUAACCUGGCCUGAUUCUGGCUGCUGACACUACUGUAAAGGCGCCAUUAUAAAAAAUGAUCUGGCCCAGCAUCGGCCCAAAUUUGGCAUGCUGGAAGAAGUAAGUUGGGCCACCUCCGGUUGCCUGACUCAGCUGAGAUUCGGAUGAACGACGCCCCAGAAUCAGGCCAAAUAUACUGGAUUCUCGAUUCAACUCUGGCUGCCAAGUCUUUUCUUUUUGUGAUCCCUUUCAGUCUUUCUUUCUUCAGCAUCUGUGCACAUGCCACCGGUUUUGCUUUCUGACGCCUCUCUGUUUUUUCUUCCCGUUUCAGUCACAGCAGAGAAACGUCUGACAGUGACUAGAAGUGAAAGUGGCACUUCUAGUGCAUCAUUAACUCCAAAGACGUUCAACAGCAUAGAUGUUUAACUUUAUGAUUUUCAUUUAGGUUUCUUAUAAGCCCAUUACGGUGGCAGGCCCUGCCACGUGUACAGAGUUAGUUUCAUAGAUUGUUGAGAUGAUUCUUGAACCACAAGGAGAGGGAAAAGUGCAAUCGUGCAGAUGAGUAAAUGUGUGUAUUCCCCCACAUUGCAGGGAGUUUUCGACAUGUCAUUUCCAAGACUAAAUCGAAUGGGUUACUGUUAACUGCAGUUGGUAGGAUGAAGAUAGUCACAUGGUCCACUUCCUCUCUCUCUCUACAGCAUUGUAAAACGUUCAAAUCUCAUUUCCUCAGCAGUAACAAUAUCAGUGCCACCAUCUACAACCGUCAUACUGUGUGUGUACCUACCUGCCUGUUGUCUCGUUUGCCUCAUAGUGUUGCAGUGUACAGCAGUUGUGUCUGUGGUUUGUCUAAGUGGUGCUGCAGUACCAGAGGAAGCUAUUAGUAGACUGCUGUGGGUGAUCCCAUCCAGUCAUGACGAGGAAUUCCAGCCACGUCAAGUUAGACAACGCCACCUUAGCAAUGUUUCAGAAUGUCAACGCCAGCAUUACCAUCUCUGUCAUCUACAUGAUCGUCAGUGCCAUUAACCUGGUCGGAAAUGGCCUUUCCAUGUGGCUGCUCAUCUUCCGUACCUCCCCCAAGACCCCCUCCAUCAUCUUCAUGAUUAAUCUCACUUUCACUGACUUGGCCCUCGGCAGCGCCCUGCCCUUUCAGAUCGCCUACCAGCUCAAAGGAUACAACUGGACUCUGGGACCCGAAAUGUGCAGUUUCCUGACCGUUGUCUUCUACACCAAUAUGUACUGUUCCAUUCUGACCAUGAUGGCCAUCGGAAUUGACCGCUACCUGGGCAUCAUCAGGCCCAUGCGGUUCAGAGAGACUAGGAAGAGGAAGUCCAUCGCUGUCUUCAGCUGCCUCCUCAUGUGGGGUUUGGUCCUGUGCGUUCUGCACCCACUGAUGAUAGACCUGACCUUUGAAGUUCCUGAACUCGGGAUUACCACAUGCUUCGACAUGCUGAAGACAAAUAUGCUCCCGAACAAAUUUGCCUGGGUGGCCUUUGUUGGUGGCAUGGUGAUCGUCCUCUUCUUCCUCCCUUUCUUAAUCACGACAUUCUGCUAUCUGAGUGUCAUACACAAACUGGCCAAAGAUUCCAGGACAGCCCAGAAAAAGAGGGCGAUACGUCUGGCUGUCAUUGUGCUCCUGGUCUUCACCUUGUGCUUUGCUCCCAACAACAUCCUCCUGAUGACUCACGCUGUGCUGAAGCUCUUCUACGGGAAGUCUCUCUACAUGGCCUACAAACUGUCUCUGUGUUUCAGCUGCCUGAACAGCUGCCUCGAUCCUUUCAUUUACUACUUUGCUUCCAAGGAUUUCAGACAAAAGCUGAGACAGAUAUUGAAUCUGCAGAGCCAUAGUAGCGCGGACUCAAUGAAGAUGGAGCAUAAAGAGAGUUUGUACUCGGCACAUUGCACCUUCGAAGGUCCGGUGAAAGAAAACAGCAAGGUGUCUUUGAUGCCGCGGCACACCACGGCAUAAAGAGAAAGAACAGAGAGAGAGAAAAAAUAAGAGACAACGUGACAAAGGAAGUGAGAAAAAGAUAUUGACUGUGUUAAGGGUUGGCCUGAGCGUGUCAAGCUCUUGUACAACAUCUUACCAUUUCGGAAUCAGAUUACUUUUUAGAAAAAAUGAACAUGGAUGACAUCUGAGCCUUUCUGCGAAAUUAACCAUUAGUGUUCUUGCAUUAUUCUACACUGUGUGUCAUUUCAGAGUACGGAGUAUGUAAAAAUGUUGUAUAUAUAUUUUAUUGUCUGCCACAAGCAUCAACAUAGUUAUUUUUGAUAAAAGAUGUAGCAUGCACAAGUGCAAAAUAAAUGUGAAUAAAAUAUUUGUAUAUAAUAAGUCUUUUUCAGAGCAGACACAGCUGAGCUUUUAGGAUUUACCAUUAUAUAUGUGUACAUGUCUCCAUAAAUGUCUGUAUACUGUGUGUGUGUGAAUUGCUGCAGUUGACCUUUUUACCUUUUUUAACUUGUUUGAAGUUGUCUUAUUGUAUUUGUUUUCUUCCUUCAUAAAAAUAAAUGCA